AUGCAGGGCAAGGAGAGCCCGGUCGGUCCCAACACCCAGGAGACGCAUCAGUAUGUCGGCCCCUACCGCCUCGAGAAGACCCUCGGGAAGGGACAGACCGGUUUGGUCAAGCUGGGGGUCCACUGCGUGCUGGGCAAGAAGGUGGCGAUCAAGAUCAUCAACCGCGAGAAACUCUCGGAAUCGGUGUUAAUGAAAGUGGAACGCGAGAUCGCCAUUAUGAAGCUCAUCGACCACCCUCACGUCCUCGGCCUUUCGGACGUGUACGAGAACAAGAAAUACUUGUAUCUUGUUCUGGAACACGUGUCGGGAGGCGAGCUUUUCGACUACCUAGUGAAGAAGGGCAGGCUGACCCCGAAGGAAGCCAGGAGGUUUUUUCGACAAAUCAUUUCCGCGUUAGACUUUUGCCACAGCCAUAGUAUAUGUCAUAGAGAUUUGAAACCUGAAAACCUGCUGUUGGAUGAGAAGAACAACAUAAAAAUAGCGGAUUUCGGAAUGGCAUCCCUGCAGCCUGCUGGAUCCAUGUUGGAGACAAGUUGCGGUUCUCCUCACUACGCCUGCCCUGAAGUCAUUAGGGGUGAAAAAUACGACGGGAGGAAAGCGGACGUCUGGUCAUGCGGAGUGAUCCUUUACGCCCUCCUUGUGGGAGCGCUACCUUUCGACGACGACAAUCUCAGGCAACUUUUGGAAAAAGUAAAACGUGGGGUGUUUCAUAUACCGCAUUUCGUGCCGCCUGAUUGCCAGAGUCUACUUAGGGGGAUGAUAGAGGUUAACCCUGAUAGGAGACUGACGCUGGCAGAAAUCAACAGGCAUAUAUGGGUAACCGCAGCUGGGAAGGGUGAAUUGGAACUGGAGCUCUCGAUGAUGGACGUAGUGCAAACACACGUCAUUCCGUCCGUAGACGCAAUUGAUCCUGACGUGUUGCAAGCCAUCGCCAGUUUAGGGUGUUUCAAGGAACGUGACAAACUCAUACAAGAGCUUCUUAGUCCGAACCACAAUACGGAGAAGGUCAUUUAUUUCCUCCUCCUGGAGAGGAAAAGAAGAAGACCUGCCUGCGAAGACGAGCUCGAGGUGAUGAGGGGAGGGAUAAGAGGAUCCACGGGACAACCGGAAGCUGACCCACCGAGAAAGAGGGUAGACACUUGUCGAGUCAACGGAAGCACUGCUCUAAAUCUUGGUCAAAUCAGCCACGGUUCACCCCUGACCCCUAGGAGGCAGUCAAGCGCGAGACACCAUGCAAGGCGCUCCCCGAGCACGGGAUCCCAUACACACGCGUCUCACUCCCAGGCCUCGACCCCAGGUGGAUCUCCUCUUCAUGCACCAAAUGUCGCGAGUCUUCUGAGUCCUCACAGGGCCGUGCCGAGUUCUCACCUUUGCCAGACUGGAAGCCCUCACAGGCUGUCCACCAUUAGCACCACGAGUGGAAAUGGCAGCCCCACUCAGGGUGUUCCAGCUCCCGUACCACCCCUAACUAAUGUUGGGAUAGAGUUGAACGAAGUUCAACCUGUGGUUGCAGUGGGGGUAACGCCACCCGGUUCACCCCACACCGGAGCAGGAUCCGGAGCUCAUCACUGGAGAUCGAGACUGACCACAAUCAAGAAUUCAUUCCUGGGCAGCCCGAGAUUUCAUCGGCGCAAAUUGCUCACCAGCACCGAAGAGGUGCACCUCACACCGGACUCGUCGCCCGAGCUCACAAAGAAGUCCUGGUUCGGUAGCCUCAUGACUACGGAGAAGGACGAGACUUUUACGGUUCUGGUGAAAGGCAAACCUUUGGCCAGCGUCAAGGCAGAUUUAAUUCACGCCUUUUUGUCGAUUGCUGAACUUUCGCACAGUGUAAGCUCUCCGAUGUCCUUCAGGGUGGAAUAUAAAAGAGGAAGCACGACACCGGCCGUGUUUCAGAGACAAGUCCGGUUUCAGGUUGAUAUCAGUGCCAUUUCGAAACAACCUAACGAGCCUCUGUUCGCUAUCACCUUCACGCAUUUAAGUGGUAAUAUUCGGAGAUUCAGGAGAGUUUGCGAGCACAUUCAGUCGCAAGUCUGCUCCAGAAGCGUUGGCAUCAGCCUGGGUUGUCAAAGUAGAGCGGCACCACCAAGUCCGAGAGCAUCGCGAAAGUUCACAACGGAAAUGAGCGAAAGCUCCAGUUGUGGGAGCGAUACCAGCGAGAGAUUGUCCCUCAGUCCUCACCCCGCUACCAGACAGGUAGUGUGCUUCAACAAGAUGCCCAGCAUCGACUCGGACAUUGAGUCGGACACGUCCGUGUUCGACGUGAAGUCACCGACUCGCGAGAACGGCCGAAGGAGUUCAACCUCGACGACGAACAACAACAACACCGUUCCCGGCGACGUAACACCAACCCCUGGGAGUCCGCCUAAAGCAGUGCGCAGCAACUCCGAAAGCCAGAACACCUCCGAGAAGAAGUGCGUGACAACGAUGAGCGGCAACAACAUAGCGUGA